AUGUGAAAUGUUAAUACUUGACUUAUUUUUAAUAUUUGUACUUAAUUAUUGCUAAAUAUUGCUCAAAUCGUAAACUACAAAAAGCUCAAGUUGUUGUUUCUUUAGUUUAGUACUUUGCCAAUUUGUGAUGGAACAUAAACAUCGAAAGUUAAUUAAUGACAAUCUAUCCACCUUAGUAUCAGUAACAAAUCAUUUGGAGUUCAUCAUCAAGACACUAUUAGAAAAUAAUGUGAUCAAUAAAUGGAUGGCAGAAUAUAUAAUGACUCCACCUCAUCAAACAAAUAAAAAAAGACGAUUGUAUGAAGUAAUUCAAGGACGUGGACCACAAGCAUUUACAAAUCUAUGCAAAAUUCUGGAAGAAACAUCAAACAUAGAAGCUCGAAAUAUUUUACUAUCAAAAUCAAAAGUUUUUUAUCCUAGUAAUAUUUCAUUGAAUGAAAAUAUGAAUCGACUUAAUUUGAACAACAGUAUUAACAGCAUUAAGGCUACCAAACAUGAUGAUAAUUACGUUAAAAUUCCUCCUACCAUUAGACGUAUGGACGUAGAACAUGAAAAUUUACCAAAUGGAGUUUAUCAUAUGGGUUCGAAUCCUAAAGGUCAUGCAUUAAUAAUAAACAUAAAUAAAGUAAGUACAAAACCGGACGAGGAAAGAACAGGUUCUGAAGUUGAUGUAAAUAGUUUGAAGAAACUACUCCACGGCUUAGGUUAUGAUGUACAAAUUGAAGAAGAUGUAACUCAGAGGGAAAUUGUGAACAUAAUUAGAGACUUCAGUGAUGUUAAGAAACUUGAGAAAAUGGAUUCCGUUAUUGUUGUUAUAAUGAGUCACGGCGAAGCAGGCAAGGACUCAUUUACUUCAUUGGAUAUAGAUUCUGCAGAUGGUAUAAAAAUCAAUAUUGACUGGAUAAUUGAACAAUUUGUAUCAAAAAAAGUUUCUAAGAGCAUUCCUAAAUUAUUUUUUAUACAAGCAUGUCGGGGAAAAAAUAGUGACCAUGGUACUUCAGUACCACGAGUCGAAAAUGUUCAAGUAGAAGUAGAUUCUAUUGGAUUUGGUACAGUGAAAGGAACCUCUGUAAAAAGACGUUAUGAAGAUGUAUUUGUUGCAUAUUCUACUGUACCUGGUUAUUAUGCUAAACGUGAUCCAUAUAAAGGGUCAUGGUUUAUUCAAAAACUAUGUGAAGUUUUUCGUGAAAAUGCUUGGCAAUAUGACUUACAUACAAUGAUGAUGAUGGUGGACUCGGAGGUAAAAACAUUUAACUGUGCAAAGUAUGGAUUCCAGACUGUUGAAUGGAAGUUUAGUGGAUUUAAUAAAAAAUUUUAUUUCAACCCAGGUCUUUAUGAUGACUACCUCGAAAGUGAUCUUUAAAAAAUCUUUGUAAAUAUUUAUUUGUAUAAGUUUGUGUGUUUAACUUGUUUGUUUAAACAGUGACAAAAUUUCAAGUAGGUAAUACUUUUCUAAUUGAACUACCAUCUAUUUUUUCUAAAAAGAUCUGAUUUUUGUAAGUUCAAAAUUGAUAAAUUUAAAGUUGAGCUGUUAAAAUAUUUUUGACAGAUCUUUGUUGUUUUCCCUCCUUUUAAAUUUAAUGGUAGAUCAAAAUUGAGUAUUUUUUUGAAAUUAUACUGUAGUUAAGCAAACAAGAUAUAUUUUGUAUUUUCCA